GACAGGAGGGAGGGAAGAAGGCAGUAGGAAGGGAAGGUGGGAGGGAGGAGCGGGAAACGUGGUUUCCAUUCCUCCCUUUCCUGGGCAGGUGGGAUUUCCCGGGCACUAUACUAGGAGUCUUCUGUAUCCUUGUUUGCUCUACUAAUCCUCAGGAUAAUCCUUACGAGAAGAUGAUUAUCCUCUCUCAAACAAGCUCUUCCCCCGGAACUUGGGGACCUGGGGCCCCGAUGCUGGCCAGAAAGGCAGCUCUCACUCCCUGCCUUCAGCGCAGGCGUGUCCAGGCCCAACGGGGGGCCAGAGACUGCGCAGCACCGGAGGUCGGCCGUGAGCCAGGUGGACACAGUUUCUGGUGCUUGUGGUGCUUGUGGUACUUGUGGUCUAGCAGGGGAGAACACCUCAGCUAGUGUCGGGCUCCACACCUAACACCACACAUCCACUACCGGGUGUGUCCCCGAGGCAACCCUCAAGUGGCUCUUACCAUUCUGCCCACUUACAGGUAUGAAAGGUGCCGCCUUGAAAAGUUUAGCAACCAGCUCAAGUCACACACCUAAUGCACUCAUUUCCCGUUUCUGCUAUAACAUACCACCACACACUUAGUGGCUUGAAACAAUCCAAAUUUAUUGUCUUACGGUUCCGGAGGUCAGAGUCUAAAACAGGUCGGCAGGGCUGUGUUCCUUCUGAAGGCUCUAGGGGACAGUCCGUUCCUUGCCUUUUCUAGCUUCUAGUGGCCACGCACGUUCCUUUGUUCAUCCCAGUGUCUGCUUCCGUCCUGGUCUUCUCUGACUCUGGCCCUCCUGGCCUCCCUCUCACGAGGACCCCUGGGAUCACAUUGGAUCAUCUCACCAUCAGAAUCCUUAAUGACGUUUGCAAAGUCCCUUUUGCUGGUGGCACUGAUCACAAGAGCCAAAAGGUGGAAACAAAAGGUGGAAUCAGCCCAAGUGUCCUUCAGCCGAUGAACAGAUAAACACUAUGCGAUCUGUCCAUACUGUGGCACAUUAUUCAGCCAUACAGAAGAAUCAAGUACUAACACCUGCUACGAGAAAAUGCCAACACCUGGGACCGGGGACUGCUUACGUGCCAGGAAACAGGCAUUGCUGUGCCCUUGGCCCCCAUGGACCCCAUGAGGCGGUCCCCCUCCCCCUGCUCAUCAAGACCCUCCAGCCCCAGGACCCCACCCUGCGAGAUGCUUGGCUACGUGGGCAUAGAAGCCAUGCUGGACCAGCUGAAGAUCAAGGCCAUGAAGAUGGGGUUUGAGUUCAACAUCAUGGUGGUGGGGCAGAGCGGGCUGGGCAAGUCCACAAUGGUGUACACCCUCUUCAAGUCCAAGAUGUGGAAGUCCACCAUACCGGGCCUGGGGAUGCCCACACCCCAGACGCUGAAGCUGCAGUCGGUGACUCACGUCAUCGAGGAGAAGGGCGUGAAGCUCAAGCUGACGGUGACUGAUACGCCCGGCUUUGGAGACCAGAUCAACAACGACAAGUGCUGGGACCCCAUCCUAGGCUACAUCAAGGAACAGUAUGAGCGGUACCUGCAGGAGGAGAUCCUCAUCACCCGCCAGCGCCACAUCCCUGACACCCGGGUGCACUGCUGUGUAUACUUCGUGCCGCCCACCGGACACUGCCUGCGGCCCCUGGACAUUGAGUUCCUACAGCGGCUAUGCCGGACCGUGAACGUGGUGCUUGUGAUUGCCCGGGCCGACAGCCUGACCAUUGAGGAGCGAGAGACCUUCAGACGCAGGAUCCAGCACAAUCUGAGGACUCACUGCAUCGACGUGUACCCGCAGAAAUGCUUUGAUGAGGACAUCAACGACAGAAUCCUCAACAGCAAGAUCCGGGACCGGAUCCCCUUUGCUGUAGUCGGGGCUGACCAAGAGCACCUGGUGAAUGGGAGGUGUGUCCUGGGCCGGAAGACCAAGUGGGGCAUCAUUGAAGUGGAGAACUUGGCGCACUGUGAGUUUCCCCUCCUGAGAGACCUGCUCAUCCGCUCCCACCUCCAAGACCUGAAGGACAUCACCCACAACGUCCACUACGAGAACUACCGUGUCUGCAGACUCAAUGAGAGCCACCUGCUGCCUCGUGGGCCUGGCUGGGUUAACCUGACCCAGGCCCCUGCAGGCCCCCCAGCCACCCCGCGGCCCUCAAAGGUGCGCCACCAGGUCCAGGAUGACUCCAAAGAUGAUGAGGAGUACUGAGCACCAGGGCACCUGGGGCCUUGGGGCUCCCAGUGUCCUUGGCAGCCCCCAACACACAGCUAUGUACUAGAGCAUGUAUUAAAGGUGGACAUUGCUUUUUAUGAAAAGCUGUGCUUUGAAAACAAAAGGCAUUCUGUAAAUGAUUUCUUUGAGCUAUCCUCAAAUAAAAGUAUGGUUCUUUUUUUUUAAA